AUAAAAAAAUACGUAUAUAUUAUACUCUACGUACAUUAUACAAACGCAUUAACACCGUACCGUUAUACAAUAUUCUAUGUCAAUGGUUUAGAAAGGCGUUGAGUACGGUCUAAAAACAAAAGACCUGCUCACGUGGGAUUAAACGCGGGGACCGUAUUUUGGAAGACCCUUGAUCGUUAAAACCAUAUAUAAUACCGUAUAAUAACAUCCUCAUGUAUAUAUACAUAUAUACAGGCUACGUUUUAUAAAUCUAAUUACAGAUGAUGAACAUGAAUAUUCGGGAGCCUGAAGGUGUAGUAUUAUAAACCUUGAGGACGAUAAAACGUAACAAAACUGAAAAUUUUUCCUCUCGAACGGACAACGGUGUCGGUCAAAAAGAUAUUCGAACCAUCGGUGAAGCAAUGGAGAUUGAAAGUUUGGAGUCAACGAAAUCGGACGAAGAUAAAUCGGAAUGAUAAAAAUCAAAAUCAAACGACGACAAUGACGAAACUCCCGGUGCGGAUCAGUGCGACGACGUAAUAUCCGAAACUGAAUUAAUAAUAAAUCCUAACAGAUAUACUGACCCGUCGAAUAUGCCGAAGACUGUUCGCAAUUAUUCGGUUGUGAAUAGAUAUGGAGAAUUCGUUUUAUGUUACCAUCGUCGUUAUCUGCAGAGGUGAAACGAUAAUGGGAGAUAUUAAGUUGAUGAUAAUUAGUUGACGAAUCUGAAAAUACGCGUUCAAUGUGCGGGAAUGUGAAUAACUAAGGUGGUGAGGUAAAUUUUCCAAAGAUUUAUUGCACCUGUGAUGACGCGAUAAAUUUUAUCCCCCCCUUUUUUAUUUUUUUUUUUCGCAUACCCGUGUAGGUAUGUCGGGGAGGUCCAUUCCAAACUUUUCUGCAUUUUCAAUUUUACGCGGGGCCAAACCGGCAAAAGUCUGCCGUAUGUAAAUCGAGGACGAAAUUCUACCAGAAGAUGGAUGGGAUCGCACUGAAUUCUAUAAAUUCUCCUCUCGUCUUUGUGAGGCGUAUAUGAGUUGCAGGUUCGCAGUUUGCCAGAUCCCGUCGGCACCGCGGGACGAGCUGCAGCAUUGCGGAGAGAAAAAAGAGGGAGGGAGAGAGGGCGGCGAAGACCAUCAAUCCCGAGGGGGUUUGUGGAAAAUUACGUGAUCGGACGACGCUCGUAUUAAAUAAACCAUUUUGAAAUUAUAACUUCCGAGUGACUUGUAACCCAUACUACAUCUCGCAGUACCUGUGCAACGAAAUUAUUAUCGUACAAGUACGAUCCACGGCGACAACGACGACGCGGUAAUUAGCCCGAAUAACAUCGCUAACGAGAAACAAGCCGCGUGCAACGAAUCUUUCUCAACAUUACCACGUUGCGAAGUGAUAUGUAUAAUUAACGAAAUAACAAUAAUAUUAAUCGUAAUAAUUGAAAUAAUAAUAUUAAUACCGUGACGUCUUACAUCACGCGGAUAACGAUGGAGACAAAUUUAACCGUUGGCGACGUUAACGCCGGAAAUGAAUCUUCCAUUUUGAACAUCGACUCAGCGGCAAGUGACGUAGCUGCGAUUUUCACGGCGGUUGUCCUCGGCCUGAUAAUCCUGACCACCGUAAUAGGGAACGUGUUCGUUAUCGCCGCGAUAUUCUCCGAGCGAAAUCUCCAAUCGGUAGCAAACUACCUGAUCGUAAGUCUCGCGGUCGCCGAUCUCAUGGUGGCUUGUCUGGUGAUGCCUUUGGGUGCUGUAUACGAGAUUAAUUCAACGGGAUGGCCGCUGGGACCUGAAUUAUGCGACAUGUGGACCUGUAGCGACGUCCUGUGCUGUACAGCGUCUAUUUUACAUCUAGUCGCCAUCGCGGUCGACCGAUAUUGGGCGGUUACCGACCUCAAUUACAUCCAGGCUAGAAAUCCCAGGAGGAUUGGGAUGCUAGUUGUCGCCGUUUGGGUUGUGUCUUUGGGCGUUUCUCUGGCACCGCAACUCGGUUGGAAAGAUCCCGGAUACCUGGAUCGAAUCGCCGACGGCAAAUGUCUCGUUUCGCAGGACGCUGCGUAUCAGAUAUUCGCAACUUGCGCCACGUUCUACGUGCCUCUUCUCGUCAUUUUGUUCCUCUACUGGAGGAUAUUUCAAGCGGCGAGAAGAAGGAUAAGAAAAAGACCGGGAACCGCUGUUCAACCGCCCAGAGAACGACGAGGAAUUUUGAGGCUCGUUACGAAAAGGCCGAGGGAGGAGUCGACCACGGCGUUCACCAUAACCCGAUCAACCCCCGAUCAUUCCUCAGCGUCUCCCGAGAAGACGUCAUCUUACAACGGUGCGAAUCCCCCGGCAACGCCGGCAGCGGCGACGGCGGCCGCGUCGCCCCAACCGCCGCCCCCCGCACCGUCUGCGGUAUCCUCGUCCGGUUCGAGAAAAACAAGAGAAACCAUCGAAGCAAAGAGGGAACGUAAGGCGGCCAAAACGUUAGCGAUUAUAACCGGCGCCUUCGUCGCCUGUUGGUUGCCAUUUUUUUCAGUCACCCUACUCCAGGCGCUAUGCGAACCUUGCGCACCGCCGGAUCUGGUGGCGAGCGUUUUCCUAUGGCUCGGUUACUUCAACAGCACUUUAAAUCCAGUGAUCUACACGAUAUUCUCACCGGAAUUCAGGCAAGCCUUCAAAAGGAUGCUGUGCGGCGCUCGGGGGGCUCGUGGCUGACACUGGGUUUAACUGCCAUAGGGGGUCUUCUCGAGAACGUCCUUCGAACAUCGAAAAGGACGACCGUGAGAUGGACACGAGGAUCAAGGGUUCCGGAUUUUAUUUAAUUAUUCUCUCACAAUCUCCUCAUUAUUGCUCUGCUUCGGUCGACAUCUCCGUCUAGUCGGACGAUUGAUUCAAAAAUCUGAUUGUACAUAGGGUUUCUCAAAAAAUCUUUCUAUAAUUUCCGGUGUUCUGAAAUAUUGCUCUCAGAAUUUUUCUUACUAACAUUGUCUCCGAGUGUAUAGGCGUACGCGGAUAAAAAGGAACCUGCUUUUUAUUUUUAAUCUUCGAAAAUCCAUCCCUCAUUUUCCAAAACCCCUAGGCGGUUAUAGCGUAUGAUAGAUAUAAUGUAUAGAAUCUUCAGAGAAUCAAAAUGUAGAAAAUACGAUCAAAAAAUUAGACGAAUGAAAGGAAAUGAGAAGCGAGCAGUGUGUUUCGUACCUUGGAAAAAGACACGUUCGUGACCGUCGAGAAAUAAGGCAAUGAUAAAAGGAAUGAGACAAACAAACAAAAAAUAAAGUAAAAAAACCAAAUCAAAUAAAAAUAAAAAUAAAAUAAAAUAAAGUAAAAAAGUAAACUUUAGAUGUGUAUAGAGAUGAAGCUGGAUGUUCGAGCAAUACACAUGUAAUGCCUGAUUUAACCAAUCAGCGUCGUAUUGAUGGAAGACGCGUUCCCAAGACGCAAAGACUCUCUUCGGUAAUUUAAUUUACACCUGGGAUGUGUAAGAGAAAAUAUACAGGUAUUGUAUACAUAUGUACGGCAUGUUGAUCCCCAGGUUGAAACUCUUGAAAAGAGUUCACUACGUUCGCACACCUCUUUACGUUUUCACCACGAGCGAAAAUUCUCCAUAUACUUCUGCGAAUAUAGAUCAGUUCACUACGUGUGACAUCGAUGCUUUUUCAGUCUUAAUCAUCGUUCGUGAUAUUUCAAAAACUGAUCAACGUUUAUUUAUCCAGGUUAUUUUUCUCCGAUUCAGCUGAAAAAUUUCAAAUUACUUCAACGUACGUCGACCGACUUUUCAUCUUUCAGUCUAUCCGGGAUCGGCGUGUUGCAUAAUUUUCCUUCACAUCCAAUUAGAUCUGUGUGUUCACACUUUUAAAUCGCAUAUACCUACGAGGAUUUAAAACUUCAAGCAUUUCGUCAGAUCUAAUUAAAUACACAGCGAUCUGUAAUAUCGGAUCAUUUUUAAUUCACCUACAUAUAUAUAGUAGAUCCGUCUGUGCAUAUCGCACCUCCUCUUUGAACUGAGCCGUACAUUGGACUGGAAAUUAUACGUUAAUUGAGAGAAAAAAAAGAACAUUAAAUCAAAUCAAAUAAAACAUCAAAAGUGAUCGCAUUAGAGAUUUUUUUUUUUUCAAAUAAAUGAAUAAUAUUAAUAAUAAUAUAACGAAGAGUAAUAGUAUUGAAUAAUAUUAAUAAUAAUAAUAAUAAUAAUAACAAUAACGAUAACAAUAAUUUCAACGCUUGAAUUGUGUCUUUAUAUGAACUCGAAAUUAAAAAAACGAUCUAUUCUUCGUGGAAUAUCAUUAUAGUUAGUUAGAUGAAAAAGAAAUUUUUUUACAAAAAUUUACGCUCUCUUUCCUGCGAAUUCCAAUUAAUUCAUAAUUAUUUAUUUAUUCGAUUUUCUUCCACAUCGGAAUCGUAUAAAUUUCCGGAUGAAAACUGCACGUUGAUGAUAAGUGCAGUUUUUUCCGAAUACUGAUUUUUUUUUUUAUUUUCUUCAAACUUUCUUCUUCCGUGUAGUAAUUACAUUAAUGAGGAUGAAACUAGUGAUAUCAGUUACAACAAAAAUUGUCAUAAUUAUACGCUUGUUUUUUACCAAGAGAUGUACCAUAUAUUGUACAUACGAUGUAUCAUAUUUAAAUGCAACGUUGAAGCUUACCAUUAAUAAUAAAGUUGAACGAAGAGAGGGAGAAAAAAAAAUAGAAAUAAACUAAAGUUCAGCUUUAAAGCACACGAAUAUAAAUCUAUGUCCGUAUCUAUCGUAAGUAGAUGAUUCAGAGUUAUGUAUAUUAUAUAACCUAGCUAUUUAUCCAUAAAAAUACGAGUUGAUAUCUACAUGCAUAUACGCGUACAUACUUGAAUAAAUAUCGUUAAAAACUCUCAAACUAUAAAUUGUACACAACAACGAUAUAAGCGGGUAGUUAAAUAUGUGAUAUAUUUCAACUGCAGCGUAAAAAUUUAUUUCUCCGUGAAAAAAAAUUGAACCGAAUGAAGAAAGGGAAAAAAGAGAAAUUAACAAGUAUAUAGAGUACUACAAUUAUACCAAUUCAAAAGUACAGAGUACACGAUUGUGGUCGGGUACAGGAGGAAAAACUCCACUGCACAUGAGAUGAAGAAAAAAAAAAGGUCUUUGGAAAAAAACUAACAAUUUCACAUGUUUAUUGCCACAAAAAUUAAUCAGUUUGUUAUAUAACUAUAUGAUAUACAUAUGCAUAAAUGUUUGUAGAAUAGAAGAAAAAAAAAAUCGAUGUACCUAUAAGUACGUAGUAUAGUAUAUGACAUGUAAAUGGAGAACACAAAAGUUGAAGGAAGAAAAAAAAUAUUGAAAAAACCACAAAACAAAUUCA